UGAAUAUUUCACGUGACGGUGUGCACUUGACAUUGUUCCCGAAUGGUGCGUCCUCAAUAAAUUUACGACCCUCACUGCGAACUACACGAACGGAAUUUUUAUGCACAGCAUUGAACUUUCAUGGUCCCGCAUUUUUAUCACCACCGAAAAACUGCAUCCAAGUCAAACCGCAUUUCGGGCAGGCAAAUAAAAAAACCAUGAAUAUAUAAAAAUUGAUUCUGGGUACGAAAAUUGUCACAAUCGUGUGUGACACACGUUCACAGCCGAUACGAUCUUAUCAAUUACAAUUGUGAAUAAAGUCCAAACUAAUCGUUCGUAAAUUAAACAGUCGUCGGUUACGCGUCCGUUCCUCCGCACACACAUCUACGUCGGGUUCUUUGUUUUGUGCCGCGACAGUUCUCUAAGUUUGAAAAAAAGGUAAAAAGAAAAAAAUGAACGAACAAUAAAACGAAACGAAAAUGCCGAGCGUAAUCUCAAAGUUCCUGGAGAAGGGCGAGCACCACCUGAACGCCAACCGCACCGUAGUGUCGGGGGUGGUGAUCGGUGCCGUCCUCUUCACCUACGUACUCAAAGUCGGCUAUCCCAUCGUCGAUGGACUCAUACACAAGACCAACAAGGAGCGCCUCGGCCUCAACAACAACCUGGUCAAGGACAACGUGGUCAUUCAGAACGGCGAUCCGAAGACCCAGAAGGUCAUAUCGAGGAAAUUCAGAAACCACAUACCGAAUCUCAACCUGAGGUUCAUUUUCCAGUUCAUAAAGCUGAUCAGGAUUAUGAUACCCAGCUUGUUUUGCACCGAAACCGCCCUCUUAACAGGCCAUACCACAUUCCUUUUCCUGAGGACGUUCCUGAGCAUCUACGUAGCCAACUUGGAGGGAGCCAUCGUUAAGUUUAUAGUCAGGAAGGACCCGAAGAACUUCGUCAAGCAAUUAAUGAAGUGGUUCGCCGUUGCCAUACCGGCCACCUUUAUUAACAGCAUGAUCAAGUACCUCGAAAGUAGGAUCGCCCUCAGCUUCAGGUCAAGACUGGUCGACCAUUCCUACAAGCUGUACUUCAAGAAUCAAAGCUACUAUCGUGUUACUGUGUUGGACGGACGUCUGGACAAUUGUGCCCAACGUUUAACCGACGACAUUGAAACUGUGGCCAACACCGUCAGCCACUUGUAUGGUCAAAUCACCAAGCCCUGCUUCGACAUAUUGUUAAUGGCAAUAGCUUUGGCCAACCUCGUCAAGUCCCGCAAUGCCAACCUCAUAACCGGACCUGUAAUAAUCUCAGGUGUUGUGGUCGUCUCCGCCCUGAUACUCCGACUAGUGUCGCCGAAGUUUGGCCAACUGGUAGCUCAGGAGGCCGAAAAGAAGGGCUACCUAAGGUUGGUACACGGAAGAAUUGUGGCCAACGCCGAAGAAAUCGCCUUCUACGGCGGCCAUAAAGUGGAGCAGAGCCACCUGAGAAGCGCCUACAGAAUACUGGUCCAACACCUGGAGCACAUGUUCGGCGUCAAGUUGUGGUUCGUAAUGCUAGAGCAGUUCUUGAUGAAAUACGUCUGGUCAGGCACCGGCAUGGUGGUGGUGUCCUUGCCCAUCCUCCUGUCGGCCACAAAGAAGCACAAAAAGUCCCACGACGGAGAGGCCGAAGACAACGUGUCGGAGCGCACCCACUACUUCACCACAGCCAAAAACCUGUUGUUGACCGGCUCCAACGCCGUGGAACGGCUGAUGUCCAGCUACAAGGACAUCGUGGAGCUGGCCGGCCACACCCAACGCGUGGAAAACAUGUUCACCGUGUUGGAGGAGGCAAGCCGUGGCGUCUACCACAAAACCCUGGUGGAGAAAAAGGAGAAGGGCGACUUCGAAAUCGAAUUCCGCGGCGACCAGCCCAUAGCCAAGGGCAAACUGGUCGUGUCCACCAACGAAAUCAUACUGAGAGACGUCCCCAUCGUUACCCCCAACUGCGACGUCGUCUGUCCCAGCCUCAGCCUUCAUUUAAAGCCGGGCCAACACCUGUUGAUCACCGGCCCCAACGGCUGCGGCAAGUCGAGCCUGUUCAGGAUCCUAAGCGGGCUGUGGCCCGUCUACGGGGGCGAGUUGCACACCCCCAAGAACGCCAUGUUCUACAUACCCCAGAGGCCGUACAUGGUGAUCGGCAAUCUCAGAGAUCAGGUGAUUUAUCCGGACACGUACGCCGACAUGAUCAACAAACAGGUGACGGAGGAAGAUCUGCGUAAAAUCAUGCGACUGGUGCACUUGGAUCACAUCGUGGAGCGGGACACGUUCCACGAAAUCAAGGACUGGACGGACAUACUGUCGGGCGGCGAGAAACAGCGUAUGGCUGUCGCACGACUCUUCUACCACAAGCCCAAAUAUGCGCUGUUGGACGAGUGCACGUCUGCAGUUUCCAUAGAUGUGGAGAGCAACAUGUACCAAACUGCCAUAGACAUGGGAAUCACUCUUUUAACCAUCACCCAUCGUCCCACACUCUGGAAAUUCCACACACAUAUUCUUCAAUUCGACGGCACCGGUGCGUGGGAGUUCAGCACUUUGAACUGUUCAAACAGGCUGGAGCUUAAAAAAGAAAAAGAACAACUGUUAAGGCAAACGGACAGCGAGGAGAAGGCAAGGAGGAUAGAAGAAUUGAACAGAUUGUUGGGGGAGGAUGAAUGAAAGGCUUUAAUUGUUAUUAAUAAUUAAUUAAUUUAUUUAUUGGUACAUCACGCUUCGUGCAAUGCUUUUGUCAAUUGUGCAAGACAGAUUGUGUAUAUUUUUUCUAAUGUAUUUAUAUUGUAUAGUUUUGUAUAUUGCAACUUAGGAUUAGAGGAAUUAGUACGAACAAAUUCAUUGAAACUAGACGGUA